GAUUUUCUGUGAUGGCCGGGAUAUGCAAUGAUCUUGGGAUUUUGCUUUUCGCGUGUCUUCUUGUAAUGAUGGAGGCAUCAAGAGCAGGGAGAAAUCUCGGAGAGAUGCAGUUGAUCCCGAAGGUAGACUCUCCCCCACUCAAAGAACACCCUGGAGGAUCAGCUCACCUGGACCAGAGAGGCUCGUCCCAUGCAAGAAUCAAGCGGUGUACGUGUUACUCCUACAAGGACAAGGAGUGCGUCUACUACUGCCAUCUGGAUAUCAUUUGGAUAAAUACGCCAGAGCGCACAGUGCCCUAUGGUAUGUCCAACUACCGGGGAUCCCAGCGAAUUAAACGCUCCAGUAGAUGUUUGGGUUCUUGCAUGAGAAGGGAGGAAUUGCAGCGGUGUGUGUGCGCAGACCAAUGGGAUCAGCAGUGUGCAGGCUUCUGUCUAAGGUCCCAGACAUCUACAGGCCGGACACCAAGAGAACAGGGCCCAGGAUAGACCUCUGUAAGCCUGGGCAAUUCUAUAUCAGAUACCAUGAAAGACUGCAUUCCAAUCCCCUGCCAUAAACUGAUGUGUAGUUAUGACAUAGGCUUAAUACAGAGACAUGAAGGAACAUUUUCUGGGAAAUCCAGCUGCGUUAGUUGAAAUUGUGGACACCCUGCUAGGGAUUUAUGAGUUUCAGAGGACAAACUACCCAUAGCACAUGGAAGCAUGGAAAGGCAUGAAAAGCAAUCCAAGUCAUCCCAGACGAAGUCAUCCGAGGCGAAUGAUCAAAGUAUAAGACCCACUACAGACCGAAUCGCUUGCUUUCAUGGAAAUGAGAAAAUCAUCCAAUUUAAGUAAAAGACUGGCUAAUGCCAACGUGUUUAUUACAACCAUCCUCUCAACAUGUGCACUCUACAAGGCACAAGACACAUCAUCGCUAAGACUUCAAUAAAAGAUCUGAAUAUGAGCAACUGAAAUUCUCCAAGAUGACCGAGAGAUUGCCUUACACAUGAGACAAAUGCCAAUCAUUCUUCAUUUGUGGCUAUUUGUGUCCGUGACACGCUUGCUCAACUACAAGAGAGAUGUCUCAUAACCUUUAUUAAUAUAACA